UAUACGUGCAGGAACUCAGAAAUAAAGGGCAGAAUCUGAUGAAAAAAGAAGAAGAACUUUCAUUAUUUAGAACUUGAGAACUUUGUAAGCCCAAAACUUGCAGAAGACUAUUCAUCUCAUUUUUGAAUUAUUUCAUGACCUCCAGCUGGCAUGCCUUUAGCUGUUCUAUUUUCUAUUACAUGCUGCUCUUUUUGCAAAAUUUUUGGGCUCUAUUUGAGUUUGUCAGUGUAUGAGGAUGACAUCUGGAGAUGCUGAGUUUAGUCAAAUUCCAUACUAUUAACAAAAUCCAGUUCAUUAAAAGGAUUCAAACAACUUUUGCAGUGUGUGGAUUUCGCUAUUUUAGUUCAGCAUCAGACUGGAAUCAUGAAUCUUCUGUCUUUCCUUCAAGUUUGGUAAAGAGGUUUCCUCAAAACGAUGAGGGUAUCUUUUGGGAUUUGGAUAACAAGCCACCAAAACCAUUUCCUCCAUAUGAUGCUGCCACAAGGUUAAAAAAGGCCGCUGAAGAAUUUGGGUCUGUUCAAUAUACGAUAGCUUAUGCCAAUCAUUAUGCUUUUUGAUAUGUUCCACCUUCAGUCAGGGUGUAGAAGGGGGAGAGGAAAGCACUGAAUGAGCUGGAAAAUAUGGGUGUUGUUAAGUCAGAUGAACCAUAUAUAUGUCGAGUUUGUGGGAGAAGCUUUUAUAAUAAUGAGAAGUUUAUUAAUCAUUUCAAGCAAAUUCAUAAACGUGAGUAGAUGAAAAGGUUAAAUCAGAUUCAGUCUGCAUGAGGGAAGAUGAUGGUGAACUUUGUGGCAAAGAAUGCCACUGCUAGGGAUAUUUUGACUCCAAAAGUGGGGUAUGGGUUGAUGGAUGAAUUGAAACGGGCAGGGUUUUGGGUUGGGAAGGUUUCAGAUAAGCCACCGGCGGCUGACUCUGCAUUGAGAAAUCAUACGAUGGAUAUUAUGGACAGAAGAAUGGUUGAGCGUAUUGUACUUGUGACUGCUGAUUCAGAUUUUGUGGAGAUUCUGAAGGAAGCAAGAUUGAGGUGUUUGAAGAGAGUGGUUUUGGGUGAUGACAAUGAUGUGGCUCUCAAAAGGAUUGCUGAUGCUUCAUCUUCGUGGCAGGAGAUCAUGAUGGGGAAGGCUAAGAAAGAGGCUGUAUCAGCUUUGGGGCAGUGGAAGGACCAUGAUAUUUUGAAAAAGUUGGAAUGGAGUUUUGAUCCAGAAAUAGAGAGAUUUAUUUUGUUCAGAAGUUCUGAAUAACAACUCUGAUUUUGAAUGUUUUCUUUCUGGUGAAAGCGACGGUUCUGUAUCAAAGAAAAAAGACGGAGCUUUGUGGGAACUGGAGUCCAGUAUAGAAGAUGCAGAAAAGCCUUGACUGUCAUUGAAGUUAAUGUUUGACGAAAAGGUUUUUGUGGAUCUGAUCAUUUGGCAACUGAUUCUUCCCUGUCAUUAGCAUGUAACACAUUCUGGAAGGAGUAGGAAGUCGUGCUCACUGUUUUUAGUAAAGAAUAAAAAAUAAAGCACCAUUACUUCACUUCUUGGAAGAUUUAAACUCACAAUGGCAGUCCUUGGGGCCUACUUGAGCCAUAUAGAUACUACCAGAGUACCUUCAAGAAAAGCUAUAAGUUGGAGAACGCUGAGUUCAUAGAAGGGUAUAGCUUGGUAACCUCUCUUAAUCACGAGGUAUCUGCAAGGGUGUUGCCUACUAAAGCUUUGGUUCAUCCCCAAGUUUAAGCUCCAAAGCUUUCAUUUAUGAUUAUGAGGUUUCGUUAGCCAGGAUACCGAGGGUUCUCUGCUGUUGAAAGUCUUGGGUUGAGUGUUUUCAGGUUAUGAUUGUGAAUGGAAACUGUCAAAAUAUGUUGACGAGGAAAAUGAUGGAAGCUUGUUCUUCACUUGGCCAUUAGAGUUUCAAUCCAUUGAUUGGUAUUGCAAGUUGGGUUUCUCUUGCUCCAAUUUCUACUUCAUUUCGAUGAAAGUUGAUAUAUGUUAAACUCUGAAAUUUUGAGUAUUAAGGAAGAAAAAAAACUAAAUAUCUUUCCAUUGUAUCGUCUUAUCCUGUCCAAUACUGUUUAUCAAACAUGCAGUUGGACCACAUGUUAUUUUUUAUUUUUUAUCCUUUGAAAAAAUGA